UGCGCAAGUCAGUGAGAAAGUUAACUCCUGAACUUCGUAGUCAGAAAAAUUCAGAUUUAUAAAAUAGCAGGGAAAACACCAUUGAGUUGACAUGGCAUUUCGCCGGAGGAACAAGAGUUACCCUUUCUUCAGCCAGGAAUUCUUAAUUCAAAACCAUGCCGACAUCGUGUUCAGUUUGGUGAUUUUCAUUUUGAUUGGAUUGAUGUUUGAGGCUACAGCCAAGACGGCCAUACUGUUCAUUCAGCCUCAGUACAAUGUCACCACACUAUCACCAGAGGGAGAGGUGACGUUUUACCAUUACGGAUGGAAGGACUGCGCCACCAUCCUCUUCUAUUUCUUCAUCGCCAUUAUCCUCCAUGCAGUGGUGCAGGAGUAUCUUCUGGAUAAAGUGAACCGGCGUCUCCACCUCUCCAAGAGCAAGAAUACCAAGUUUAAUGAGUCGGGUCAACUGUGUGUGUUUCACUUGGUGUCGAGUGUGUGGAGUUUUUACAUUCUCAUAACAGAGGGAUAUCUCUUACAUCCCAGCAGCCUUUGGGAGAACUAUCCCCAUGUACACCUCAGGUUUCAGGUGAAGUUUUUCUACCUCACUCAGCUGGCCUACUGGCUUCAUGCCUUGCCAGAGCUCUACUUCCAGAAAGUACGCAAGGAGGAGAUUUCUCGUCAGCUCCAGUACAUCUGCCUGUAUCUGCUUCACAUUUCAGCAGCCUAUUUGUUAAAUAUGACUCGGGUGGGUCUGGUACUCCUCUUUCUCCAGUAUGUGUCAGAACUGGGUCUCCACAUCGCCAGACUCUUUUACUUCACUGAUGAGAACCAUCAGAAAAUGUUUGACAUGUGGGCGGUCAGCUUUGUGUUUACACGGAUGGUCACUCUGACCUUGAUGUUCCUGGCUGUUGGGUUUGGUUUGGCUCGUGCUGAGAACCAGGGGCUGGACUGGGAGAUGGGCAACUUCAACACUGUACUGAUAAGGAUGACUGUUCUACUGCUGGUAUGUUUGACCCAAUCUUGGCUACUCUGGAAGUUCAUCCGCUUCCAGCUGAGGCGCUGGAGGGAGUUCAGACAUGAACAAGCUGUUCGCAAGAAGGCUGCCACAAAACAAGCCCUACGGCCACUGAAGAGAGACUCGCUUGGUCACCAUGAAAACGGAGUUCUUAAAGCUGAGAACGGAGCCUCUCCUCGGACCAAAAAACUCAAAUCCCCAUAAGGCAAAACACUGACUGGCCUGAACAGUGGCCUUAGCCCUGGCUAAGGUUUCUCAUCAGCACAACAAGGAAGCUGGCGGCCACUGGCCACCAAGCUUCUUGUUGAGUAUGUCCUGAGAUGUUACAGAGACUCAGUCACUACAGACUUAGGCUUGAAUGCUGGAAAAUGAAAUCCAAGGAAAUCCCUCGAGCCCGACAGACAUUUACUCAUCAUAUCAGUAUUUUUUUAUACACCCACGCAGCCUGCUAUCCCACCCUAAGGAGCACCAUUGUAUACAGAAAGAUUAAAAUGUAAAGUGAGAGCACACGUUACUGUGUGUGUUGAAUGAAUGUGUUGAUGCAUAUCCUCAUACAUAAGUACUGUAUUGGUCGUAGUGUUGUCUGAUGUUGCAGCUGUUUUCAGCUCUUCCCAUUGAGCCGGCUUCGCUUGUUUUCUUGUCUGGUCCAUUGGAGCAGAAAAAUGUGUGAGCUUACUGUAUGCUGGCCUUAACAUAAUCUCUUUACUGUGUCAAUGAAGGGAUUUUGGCCAAUAGAGUGGUCGAGUGGUCACGUGGGCUCCCCCCCAAUGAUUUAUGUCUGUUUAAAAUCCUACAUUUGUCACUGGUCACUUAACAGAUAAGCAUCAAGUAUGUAUGUUGGAUAUUACUGCAUGCCAUUCCAUGUUUUUUUUCUUUUUCUUUUAAUUGUUUUGUUAAUUACUUUAUUAAAUAAUGCAAUUUUCUGAA